AUGGUUCUGUCUGCCUCACCACCACUGCUGGCAGAGGCACCCACAGCCCGAGUCCUUGAACGCGAUGUCUCCGUAAACGUCGUGUCCGUACGUUUUUUGUCACGACUUCCCAACGGUAGCAGCCCCUCGCGUCUAAAGUCGACGUCUUUGGCAGGGGUCCCGGGGGUGCGUAAAAGCCCAGAUUCACCGCGACAACACCAGGGGAAGCAGAUCCAACGACUAAAACUGCGCGUCCUGCCUUUCUCCGCUCUGACACGGCACGGUCCCUGCGCGUCUCCACACUACGCUCUGGGCUGUGUGUCCUCCGCGCGUCGCUUUGGUGUUGGUGUGUACCCCUGCCUGUACAUCCCCCGUUUCUCUCAGCUGCUGGAGUUUGGAGACAAAAACCACGACGUGUCGAUGACAGCGCUGCGUCUGGUGCAGAGGAUGAAGAGAGACUGGAUGCACACGGGACGCAGGCCCUCGGGGCUGUGCGGAGCAGCGCUCCUGGUGGCCGCUCGUAUGUACGACUUCAGACGAACCAUCAAAGAGAUCGUGGACGUGGUCAAAGUCUGCGAGACCACGCUGCGGAAACGGCUGAAUGAGUUCGAGGACACUCCCACCAGUAGCAUGACCAUAGAGGAGUUCAUGCGAGAAGAUCUGGACCAGGAGUGUGACCCUCCAUGUUUCACUGCUGGCCUGAGGAAGAAGAAGAACCAUGGGUUGGAGGUGGAGCUGAAAAAGCAGCUGGAGGAUGACGUCCAAGAUGAGAUCCAUGAGUUCGAGGAUGAGAUUGACGCAGAGCUGGAGAACAGUCGUCCUAAACUCAGAGGAAUCUAUGCAGCGUACACCAGAGAAGUCCCGGUGAAGAACGUGCAGGAGGCGCUGUUCGUGGCCUCCAAAGACCAGGACGAGGAGGAGGAGGACGAGCUGCAGGCUGUGGCCAAGCACUUUGGGAAAGACCUGGACGAGCUGACCAUGGAGGCUCUGAGGAGGCUGGAGCGCCCCCUGGAGGCGGGGGAGGAGCAGAUCAUCCCACAUAGGAACGCCCCCUCGCUGGAGUCCAUCCUGGGGCCCUUGCGCUCGGCCGCCACCCUGGGCCUGGGCCAGACCAUCAGCCACUGCGUCAGCGAGGAACCAGACGCAGAGACGGACGGAGGAGAGCUGGACCUCAGUGGCAUCGACGACAAGGAAAUAGAACUGUACCUUCUGAGCGACAGAGAGAUCCAGGUGAAGACCGCUCUGUGGAUGGCAGAGAACUCCGACUACCUCAAAGAGCAGAGAGCCAAAGAAGCAAAAAUCGCCAAAGAGAAAGAGCUGGGAAUUUACAAGGAGAAGAAGAAGCGCAGCUCGAGCGGCCGCAGGAAAGGCGCCAUCACUGCCAGUUCCACCGGAGAAGCCAUUGGGAAAAUGCUGGAGGUGAAGAAGAUCUCGUCCAAAAUAAACUACGACAUUCUGAAGGACCUGAACGUGACGCCAGCGGCCAGUCCCGGCAAAGUGAAGGAGGAGGCCCCCAAGACCCCGAAACUGACCCCCAGAGCCAGGAGGCCGGCCGGGGCCAACGCACUGACUCUCAGUACACCGCUGAGCACGCUGGGAAAGAGGUACGACUGCACAGGCCGGGGCGGAGGCGGGGGCGGAGGCCGGGGCGGUGGCGGGGGCGGAGGCCGGGGCGGGGGGGAGGCCGAGAGACCGGGGGCAGAGGCCGAGAGACCGGGGGCAGAGGCCGAGAGACCGGGGGCAGAGGCCGAGAGACCGGGGGCAGAGGCCGAGAGACCGGGGGCAGAGGCCGAGAGACCGGGGGCAGAGGCCGAGAGACCGGGGGCAGAGGCCGAGAGACCGGGGGCAGAGGCCGAGAGACCGGGGGCAGAGGCCGAGAGACCGGGGGCAGAGGCCGAGAGACCGGGGGCAGAGGCCGAGAGACCGGGGGCAGAGGCCGAGAGACCGGGGGCAGAGGCCGAGAGACCGGGGGCAGAGGCCGAGAGACCGGGGGAGGCCGAGAGACCAGAGGAGAGACCGGGGGCAGAGGCCGAGAGACCGGGGGCAGAGGCCGAGAGACCGGGGGCAGAGGCCGAGAGACCGGGGGCAGAGGCCGAGAGACCGGGGGCCGAGAGACCGGGGGCAGAGAGACCGGGGGCCGAGAGACCGGGGGCCGAGAGACCGGGGGCCGAGAGACCGGGGGCCGAGAGACCGGGGGCCGAGAGACCGAGGCAUGGUGGUCUGUCUGUAUAA